AUGUCAAGGUCAUUCCGCAGGGAUAAUGUUUGGGAAUCUUUUUUGAGACCUCUCCUGAAACCCUAUAAGUCGUAUUUGGUACAAGUAAUAAAGCUAGUCCCUGGUGGUUUUCCACAAGAAGUUUUACUAUUAACUACUUUGCUUUUUUUCUAUAUAAUAAUUAUGGACUAUUAUUUUCGUCGACGUUUAGGAUCGAAUUUAAUUGAUCAUACGGCUGUUUUUGAAUCACCAUCAUCAUCAAAAUCAAAAGAAAAUAAUAUAUUGAUAUUAGUUUUGGGAUGGGGUGGUUGUACGAAAAGACAAUUACGACGAUUAUUAGAAUUUUAUUCUAAUAAUGGUAUGUCAACAAUUUGUUACAUUAGUCCAAUGUGGAAUUAUAUUUUUGAUGUUAGUCUUGAACAAAUUGAGUCAAUAUUAGAAAUGAUGAAAUUAUAUGUAAUUAAUAAUGGUAGUAAAACGACAACAACAAAGAUCUUUAUUCAUUCUCAUUCAAAUAAUGGGGCACUUGUAUGGAGUUAUCUGUCAGAUAGAAUUCAAAAUGAUAACAAUUAUAAAAUGCUGUUACCCUAUUUAAAUGGUGUAAUCUUUGAUUCUGCGCCGUAUGUUACUCAACAAAGAAAAUUUCCAGUGAUCUCAUCAACUGGAGGCUCAACUCUUGCAUGUACAAAAAAAUACCUGUCUAGUCAAAUAGAUCGUGGCAUCUCAGUUUCAUGGUUCAAAUGGUCAGAUAGUGGCCAUGUCAAUCAUUUUCGUGUUCAUGCAAGUGAAUAUGGCGAAAAAGCUUCCACAAUUGCUCGAUUUCAGUCUUUUCGUCAGCAAUGUCCAACGACGGAAUCGUCUGGUGUCAAUUGUAUACCCUUAAAUUCUGAUCUACUAGAUUAUUAUGAUAGCCAAAAUAUAUUAGAAUCGAGAUCAGAUGAAACACUCUCUAACGUUUCUCAUGUUGCAUUAUUUGUUAAACGUUCUGAAAUUGAUUUUUCUCAUCGAACACCAUGUCCAAUUUGUCAAAAAUGGUUUAUGGUUUUAUUUUUAAAAUCAUCAGACAAAGAACUUGCAUUAACUGUUUACGCUGUUAACAUGAAAAAUCCUGAACAAGAAUUUCGAUCAUGUCAUUCAAAUCCUCCAGUAGUUAUUUUAGAUGAUCAACAAACAGUGUUAACUGAUAGUAAAGAAAUUGAAUGUGAAAUAACGGCACGAUUUCAACAAGUGAAUUUAAAAUCAGAUAAAGAAGCAGAAUAUGCAGUUGCUGAUAUUUAUAUUAAAUUUCAUGCCUAUUUGAAAGCUGAUCAAAAAUUACUUAUGGCAAGAGAACGUUCAUUAACAGUUGAAUUAAAAAAAUUAGAUUUACUUCUUCAACGAAGAAAUACUAAAUUUUUAUGUGGUGAUCAAAUGACAUAUGCUGAUUGUGAUAUAUCACCGAAACUUCAACAUAUACGAAUUGCUGGACAAAUUUAUCGUAAUUAUUCCAUUCCAACAGAUUUUAAACAUUUGUGGCAAUAUUUGAAGAAUGUUUAUGAGACGCAAGCGUUUCGUGAAUCUUGUCCCUAUGAUCAAGAUAUUAUUUUACAUUAUGAAACAAAAAUGAUGGGUACAAAACGUUAUUCAAAAAAUCGUCAUCCACGUUUACAACCACCAACAUUGACGUUUACAAUCACAAAUGAGAAUAGAACAACGAGUAGUUUGAAGGACGAUGAACCUGAAAGAUAA